AAGACGAUCCGAGUUUUAAAAUGGCGACUCCCUGGAACGCAGGGCGACAGGCCGCGGAAAACCUAGCGAUUGACUUUUGUCGGUUUGGACUCGUCGUCUACUGAGAUUAAUUUGUUUUUCAUUUGACCGGACACACGACGGCUGCACGAGGAUAACUCGGUGCCGUACGGUUAGCAUUUUUAGGGCAGUUCCUUACAAAAACUGCCGCAGUCAUCGGCGGCUUUUCUAUGUGAAGGCGGCUUUUCCUAUGUGGAUACAGAGGAGUUAUUCGCCACCUUUCCAUAGGUGUUUCUCUCUGACGACUAUGUCGGGAAACGAAUGAAGGUUCUACUGGCUCUACUGUGAAAGGAUCCUCCGCUACGUACCUCCCGGCCCGUCGGUCGAGCUGGCCAUGUCCCGUCCGCCCAACCCCAACCCUCCCAACCCUUUCGGAAGUCCCGGGCAGUGGGUCCCCGGCCAACCCUCGCCGCCGUUCGGGACCCCAGCCGAGGCGUUGCCGGCGACUGCUGCCCUGACCCCAGCCUUCGGCGGCGAUGCGUCUCAGCCCGGAGCCGGGACGGGCCCAACCGGUCCAGGCACUCGGUCCAGCUUCGGCCUGCAAUCGCUCCUCUUGGGGGCCGGACGGGGGACGCAGCCUUUCCUAGCCCGACCAGAGGCGGAGGGGGCCGCUUCCGCCGCAUCGCCUUCGCAGCGGAUGUCUGCCGACACCCCGGUUCCGACCCCCGGGGAGUCGACCGAACCCGACGCAGUGACGACAGAACCCGAGGGGCGAGAGGGUGGGCCCCGUGCGAUGGUGCGGAGGCUUGGACGGUCGCCAAGUGCGUCACAGAGACUCCCCGCGCGGGCAGCGGGGAGUGCCGAGAAGCGCUCCUCGGGAGGCACGAAGGUGAUGGCGACCCCGGAGGAGAUUGGCCAGCUCACGACGGUGCUGUGCAACGGCCUGCCGGCCGAGCUGAAUGACCGGGAGGCCCUGCUGGAGCACUUUGGCCAGUUCGGCAGGGUGGCCAGGAUCACCUGCAACCCCAGGAAGGGCUGCGCCACCGUGCGCUUCGAGGACCAUCAAUCGGCUGAGCUGGCCAAGAAGCGUGGUGCCCGCAUCUCGGACCGCUGUGCCCCGCUCCAGAUCUUCUGGUGCUCCAAGCGGCGCCCGUCCAGCGACGCCGGGACGGGACCUGCCCGCACUGGUGUCCGCAACGAAGGUGGAGCACCGCCCCCCACCAGGCCCCAGACACGUGACUUGACGCCGGACGACUUUGUGGAACUUCGCACCUCGGAGGAGCAGGCAGCAGAGUCGCAGACGCCAGCUCCGUCGGCACCCGCUCCGGCUGCCGCUCCAGCUGCCACUCUGGCAUCUACACUGGCGCGCAGGGCGGCAUCUCGGUUGACCAAGGUGGCGCCGAGGAAGGCCAGGGCGGCUCUGGGUCGGGAGAGUGACGGUGGCACCACAGCACUCGGGGAGGAGUCCCUGGCAGGACUCUUGACGCAGGCGGCCCACAGCGUGGGAGAACGCUACAGGGUGCUGGACGCUCGGGACAAGAUCAUACGCCUGCGGUCCCAGCGGCAGAGCGACCUGGCCACGGCCCGAGCCACGAGGGGAAGCUGCCCAGACAUGUGCCCCGAGAAGGAGCGCUACUCCCGCACCCACCGCAAGCUCCUGUCCAGCUUCGAAGUCCUGCCGGGCAGCGACGGAGUGAUGGACCCAUCCCGGAUGGUGAAGGAGUACAGCCGGUCGUCCGCGGACCAGGAGGAGCCCCUGCCGCACGAGCUGCGGCCCCCGCACGUGCUGCGCCUCACCAUGGACUACCUGCUGGUGCACGUCAUGGACCCCCCGCACCCCCCGCCCGUCGGGGAGUGGUACGACUUCAUCUGGAACCGCACGCGCUCCAUCCGCAAGGACCUGACGCAGCAACACCUGUGUGAGCCCUCGUGCGUGUCCCUGGUGGAGCAGUGUGCCCGCUUCCACAUCCACUGCGCCUCGGCCUUGUGCGAGGAGGACGUGUCGGUGUUCGACCCCCGCAUCAACGGGGAGAACCUGGCCAAGUGCCUGCAGACCCUCAAGCACCUCUACUACGACCUGGGGCUCAGGGGCCUGCGUUGCCCCAACGAGCCCGAGUUCAGGGCCUAUGACGUGCUGCUGCACCUCGACCAGGCCGACACCGUCAGGCAGGUGCAGGCACUGGAUGCCUGGGUGCGGCGUUCUGCCCCGGUGUGCCUGGCCGUAUCCGCCCUGGGGGCUCUGAGCAGCGGCAACUGGGUGCGCUUCUUCCGCCUGGUGGGGGUGGCCCCGUACCUGAGCGCCUGCCUGCUGCACCGCUACUUCGGCCGGGUGCGCCUGCAGGCAUUCCACACCCUGCUCAGGGCCUUCUGCCAGACCAGCCACAGGGAGGAGUUCUCGCUGGAGUCUCUGGGGCGUCAGCUGGGCUUCGACUCCCCGUCGGAGGUGCGGGCCUACGCCCGAGCCCUCGGCCUGGGCUGCAGCGAGGACGCCCUGCUGCUGGACCGCUCCUCCCAGAUCCAGACGGAAUCUGGCGGACCUCCCGCGGGGCGCUCCAGGCGCCUCGUUGACGCGAAGCGCACUUGCUCCGUGGGAGAGGUGGUGAACGGCGGUCCCCUUCCACUCGAUCCCACGGCAGACUACCGACCCCACGACAGCUUCUCGCUGGAUGGCGUGCUGCGCGGCAUGGCUUACGACGCCAGGGACCAGGCGGCAAAAUGCUGGCCCAGCGAGGAGGCCGAGCCGGGCGAAGAGCCUGUACUAAUCAAGGGACCUCAGGAGCCGGAACCUCCUCCACAACAGCCUCCCCCGCCGGAGGUCCCCAUCGAGGUGGUGCGGGACGUGGCCCGUGACCUGUUGGACGAGGCGGUACAAGAGCACGUGGAGGGCCUUGGCCGGGACUUCCUGCUGGGCCAGGUGGCGCACGCCACCGUGGCCAGCCUCGUGGCAGAGGAGACCUGCAAGAUGGCCAAGGAGUGCUGCCAGGAGGCUUUUCUGGGGGCGGAGGAGCAGCGGCUGCAGGAGCUGCUGCUGGCCAAACAGCGGGACCGGGAGCGGCGGCUCGGGGCCCAGGAGGCCAUCGCUGGGGAGCUGAUCGAGGAGGUCCUGAUGGACGCCGCACGACAGGCCUGCAGGAGCUGUCACCGGGAGGCCCAAGAGCGUCUGUGGGAGGAGCAGGGCACGGCGCUGCUGGGGCAGCUGGUGCGUGAGGUGGCCGAGGAAGAGGCCGCCCUCGCAGCUGCGCAGGUCCUCGCCCGGGAGCAGGCCCUGCACGAGGCUGCCACCCGGCUGGCCGACACCUGCCGAAGACGCCACCUGCUCGGGACCUGCUUUGCCAGGUGGGUGGAGCACUGCGAGGCGGAGCGUUGGCGACGCCUGGCCAGGGAGACCUUCCCGGCCUGCCCCAGUCUGGGCCUGGACCCGAGGAACCCUGCAUUCGGGCCGAGCCGCAAGAGGGCCCGCCUCUCAGAUGACGUCUUCAGGGGGCUCGAGGCGUCCCUAGCGCUGCGCCUGCUCUCCGAGGAGUUGGACUGGGCACCCCUGGACCUGUCCCGGGAGUGGGGACACCCUUCGAAGCUGGUUGUGUACCUGCCAGAAAGGGACCCGGGAAACGCGCGCGAAGCCCUGGCACGGGUGCAAGCCCGCCUGGGCUGCCGCCCGAGCCCAGACGCGCAGGUGGAGACCCUGGGGGGCUCCCGGUGGAGCGUGAGCGUGGUGCGGGGCCCACUGAGUGCGGGGGGCCUGGACCACGUGGGGAGGCCCCGCCUGCUGCGGGGCGCCUCGGCCGUGCUCUUCGUGGCCACCGGGAAAAGCGCCGGGCCCCGCCUCCGGGAGCUGCUGUGUUGGGCCUCCGUGCUGCGCCCCGUGCCUUGCGUGUGCGUGCUGGACCUGUGCGGCUCUCAGGAAGAGCGUUCCGCGCUUGGGGAAACCCUGGCGCUCUGCAGCGCGGAGCGUCUGCUGCCGGAGGCCUGCCGCGUGCUGUCCACGGACGACCGCCCCUGCAGGACCCUCGGCAGAACGGUGCAAGAGGCAGUGCGGUGGUGCUCAGAGUCCCGGGUGGCGCUGCCCCAACUCCAGACGAGCCGCCUGGGGGACUUCGUGGAGCAAGGGGUGUCCCGUAUGGUGUUCGACGUGGCCUACGCAGCCCUGCCAGACUUUCAGGGGGACUGGCAGCUGCCGACGAGGCUGGUGGACCUGUACAACGCGGUGCUGCGCCACCUGGCUGCGGUGGCAGCCUCCAGCAGCCUCUCGGACAUGAGCGUGGAGUUCCAGGACGGGUGCGACUGGAGUGCCCCAGACCGACUGGAGGCCCUGCAGGAGGCGGUGCUGGGCCUGCUCCUGCCUGCCCCCGGGGCCGACCUCUGGAAGACCUCGGCUGUCUGGGACUACCUGGAGCUGCUGUGCGGGAGCAAUGGCCCCCGGGGCACCGCGGCUCUCCUCUUCGCCAGCGCCGAGGAGACGCUGCGCCGCCAGGCGGAGGGUGGCCUCUCGUCGCCAGCCGUGUGGGUGGACAUUCUGCACGACUGCUUCUGCCACUUGCUGCGCAACUUCGACCACAAGGAGCUGCUGGUGCACUACCUUCCCGAAGAGCUGAGCCGCUUCUCGCUGCCCACUUCCUGGCAAGACGUGACGGGACCCAUGCCCAGCCCCGCCAACACGGAGGAAGAGGCCGACAGCGAAGCAAGCGAGCCCUCCUCAUCAGACGAAGAGAGCGUGGGCAGCGGGGAAGCGGUGGGAGGGGCCGAACCAGAGGUCCCCUGGGACCUGGAGCGGCUGGUGGCCCGCCAAAGGGCCCUGUCCAGGUCCCUCACAUCCAGACUGGAGGCCCUUCUGGCACCCCCACUGAGCACAGCCCCAAAAGGUGGCGAGGUGUGCGUCCGUCCAGAGGGCCAUCAAGACGUGGAGGCGCUCGUGGCGGCUGCAGAGGAAGAGCUGCAGGCGCGCCGGAGAUCAUCGGCGCUGCUGCAGGCACUGCUGGUGACUGCGCUCGACUCCUGAGAGCUGGAGACUCGUCCGGGGAAACCAAUGUGGCCCGCGCCGACUGUUGCGAACGAUCGUGGACCUGCCCAUUCGUUGUGUGCCUGUUUAUGUACUUGCAACUGUUUUCGCUCCUCGGAGUGCCGAGGAAAUAGAGUUUGUGAAAUUUGGAACCUA